CCAAAAAGUAGUUGGCUGUCUUUUUCUAAAAUUGUUUCUUCAAAGAGCAACUCAGUCGUUUCAAUUAUAGAAUAUGUACUAAGCUAUAUCAGUGGUCCAUUUUUUUUGCCCAAAACUCAAAAACUUCUAUGAAAAAACACUCUUAUUCUUAUGCUUAUUCUUAUUCUGAUUAUUCCUGUAUAUCGAAUUUCUCUAAUUGGAGCUCAGUCACUGUAAAGCUCGAAUCAAAGCAAGAAUCUUUGAGUUCCGUAUUUCAAUUAUAUAAAUAUUACAGUCAAACAAGAGUUCAAAAGCAUAACUUUUGAUUAUUUAUGAAUAUGAUGUGAGAAAUUGUAGUUAUUUUUGGAAUAACGACGAUAAAGCAUCUGAGAAUUUGUGACAGCCGUUCAGUUUUCUCCACUUGAAAAUUUUCGCUGUUUUCACCAAUCAUUGCAUCUAUAUAUCUAUAUAUAUAUCUAAUCGAGCUAUGUAGCAUCAGUUGUUAAAGGUUCUAGGGCAAUUUUUAUUGGUUUGCUCAGAACCAUUUUCCUCUUUCUUUCUCAUCAUUUUUCUUGAGAUUUUUGCCAAGUUUCUGCGUAAAAAACUAAAAUUUUAAAAGAAAAAUGGUGAAUUUGGAUGGGUUUUGGACAAAGAAUACAUUGGUGGGACUUGGAUUAGGACAGUUGCUUUCUCUUUUGGUGACCUCCACUGGUUUCUCAUCUUCGGAACUUGCGAAAAGAGGAAUUAAUGCUCCAACUUCUCAGUCUUUCUUGAACUAUGUGCUCUUGGCUUUGGUGUAUGGGAGCAUUAUGCUCUGUAGAAGGCAAGCUCUCAAGGCAAAAUGGUAUUACUACAUAUUGCUCGGAGUGGUUGAUGUGGAAGCCAAUUUUCUUGUGGUGAAGGCAUAUCAGUAUACAUCAAUUACGAGCGUCAUGCUGCUGGACUGUUGGACCAUCCCGUGUGUCCUAUUCCUCACCUGGUUCUUUUUGAAGACGAAGUACCGGUUUAAGAAGUUUGCUGGUGUUGUAAUAUGCAUCGCUGGUCUCGUAGUGGUUGUUUUCUCUGAUGUGCAUUCUGCAGAUAGAUCAAGUGGUAGCAACCCUAUCAAGGGCGAUCUGCUUGUUAUUGCCGGGGCCACACUUUACGGUGUUAGUAAUGUCAGCGAGGAAUAUUUUGUUAAAAGUGCCGACAGGGUCGAGCUUAUGGCUUUCUUGGGGUUUUUUGGUGCGAUUAUCAGUGCUGUCCAAAUAGUCGUACUCGAACGUGAUGAACUCAGAUCUAUUCACUGGACGACAGGAGCGACGUUUCCUUUUGUCGGAUUCUCUGUUGCUAUGUUUCUGUUUUACUCUGGAGUCCCCGUCUUACUUAAGAUAAGUGGAUCGACAAUGCUUAAUUUGUCGCUUCUAACCUCAGAUAUGUGGGCUGUUUUGAUUCGGAUCUUCGCCUACCAUGAAAAGGUUGAUUGGAUGUACUUUGUAGCCUUUGCUGCUGUCGCCCUCGGCCUAGUCGUUUAUUCAGGGGGCGAUAAGAUCGACCAGAAUACUGCUGAGGUGGGGGACGAGGAGGCCGGCGCAGGUUGCUCGGAAAACAGAGACGCAGCCGGGAGCUCGAAAGCCGGCGAAGGCGGCGCAGAGUCGAAAAGUAAGGAGAAAUCAUGGGUAUCAUAAAGGAGGAGAUUCUGAUAUAGUCAUUUUUGUGUGAAAAGACAAAAAAAAAGGUAAGUAUACAUAUAUUCUUGCAUGCUUCUAUUUGAAGAUGAUAAGAGCAUGCUAUUGUUGAAGGGAAGUAGAUGAUUCCUAAUUAUUUUUCAUCAAUAGAUGAAUUAAUUUGGUCACUCCUUUUUGUAAUUUUUAUAAGUUAUUAUUGUUGUUGUAAGUUAAUAUUGUUUAAUGUUAAUAGCAAAUAUGACAAUUCAGUA